CCCCGCCCAGCCGCCGUCCUCGGGCGCCUGCGCCAGCGCGCGCGCCCUACCGGAGGAGCGCGCGCGACGCGGGCAGCUGCGCUCAGCUGCAGACGCCGCUCGCGUCUUCUCUGAGGCGCCUUCUCCCGCGGCGUUCAGGGCGCGGCGCCGAGGCUCCGGGUGGCGGGCGCCGCACCCGGCUCUGCUCUCGGCCCGGGGCGGCCCAAGUCCCUUUGUCCCUGGCCGCCGCGUCUCCUCGAAGCCUCGCUUGUCGCGGCGCCCCGGCUCCUCCCGAGCCCCGUCGGGUCGCCCCGGGCCUCUUUCCUUCCCUUCUACAGCGGCCAGGCGCGCAGUGUGUGCCUGGUAGACAUCCUAGAACUUUAAAAACGGAAAAGACCUGCUUUUAGGGGAUAAUGCUAAGGGACACUAUGAAAUCGUGGAACGACAGCCAGUCAGAUCUCUGCAGCAGUGAUCAAGAAGAGGAAGAAGAGAUGGUUUUUGGUGAAAAUGAAGACGAUUUGGAAGAGAUGAUGGAUUUAAGUGAUCUGCCUACCUCACUUUUUGCUUGCAGUGUCCAUGAAGCUGUGUUUGAGGUGCAAGAGCAGAAGGAGAGAUUUGAAGCACUUUUUACCAUCUAUGAUGACCAAGUUACAUUUCAAUUGUUUAAAAGCUUUAGAAGAGUCAGAAUAAAUUUCAGCAAACCUGAAGCAGCAGCAAGAGCUCGAAUAGAACUACAUGAAACAGACUUCAAUGGGAAAAAGUUGAAGCUGUAUUUUGCACAGGUGCAGAUGUCCAGUGAAACACAGGACAAAUCCUAUUUACUACCACCACAGCCUGUCAAACAGUUCCUCAUCUCCCCUCCAGCAUCUCCUCCAGUGGGAUGGAAGCAGAGUGAGGAUGCAAUGCCUGUUAUAAAUUAUGAUUUACUCUGUGCUGUUUCCAAAUUGGGACCAGGAGAGAAAUACGAACUACAUGCAGGAACCGAGUCAACCCCAAGUGUGGUGGUUCAUGUCUGUGAAAGCGAAACUGAAGAGGAAGAAGAAACAAAAAGCCCCAAACAGAAAAUUACCCAGACAAGGCGCCCUGAGCCUGCAGCCGCAGCCCCGAAUGAGCCCCAGACCUUCGACUGCGCGCUGUGAGGCCCCUGGCUCUGCGCGAGGCAGCUGCGUGCCCCGUGCUGGUCGUCGCUGCUGCGUGUCGCCGAGACUGAGUGAGUGGAGCGCAGUGUGGCUUUCCCCAGGCCUGUGCUGCAGCCGUGACAGGGUGGAGCAGCAGCUGAUUCCACCUGUUCAAACAUUGUAGCUGAUAUUCUAAACCGCACUUUAAAGAAUUAACCCCCGAACCUUGGCAACUCUUGACCAGUUUUAAAUGGUAGUAAAUUAGGAUAAUGGCUCCCCGCCCCCCCGCCAACAACGUAGUUUCUCCAAUUCCAUUUAGCAUGAGGUACCAAAAGGUGGAACUAUAAUUAUAGUCACCCAGUGCAAGACCAUUUUUAUGAAGUUAAAAAUAGUCUUACAAUUUUAAUAAUCCAGUGUGGGUAUUUUUGUACUGGUAUUAUAACUAAUAAUCUAUUGAUCAGUAUACAUGGAAUUUUCUCUUGAAAAAAAAUCUGAAAUAUAGAAUAAUUUACAGAAAACUGUUUUUCUUGGGUUCUUU